UUCUCCGCUCAUCGCCAUCGCCCCCCUUAAGUCGUCGACGCAGUUCUGUUAAAGGAAAGUUUCGAAAAAAUUGUGGAUUUCCCCUUCUUUUCGCCAUUAAAGCCUUCAAAGAGAUAUUGGAGGCCCCUCCAGUAGGACCACUACAUUAAAACCUGUCCUACCUCCCCACUCCUGGUCCUUUACUUAUUAAAAAGUCAACUUGGAGAACAUUAUGAGCUUGUGCUGCUAGUGGUAUCCCCUAAUUAAAACCAAUUUGAUGGCCUUUUCUGGUUCUUUGCAAUUGUCCCAUGAGUUGGGAAUUGGCAAGAACCAUGUACGUGGUAACCGAUUCAAGAGUUUGGUGGGAAGAGGCCGGUUACAUUUAUUAAGUAUCUCCCUUUCAUCACAUGCUUCGCGACAGGAUGCUUGGAGUUUGCGUCUUUUAGACAGUGUAAACAGGCCAAUAUGCUCUGUACAUUCCAGAUAUAAUGUUUUUGUGUGCCGAUCUUCUCUGGUACCAGGUCAAGCAAAUGAGAUUCCCAUUGUGAAAAAUGCUGCCCUGGCAUUGACAAGGUCAUUUAAUGCUUUACGUGGAAGUCCUCUUGUGCUUCAACUGGUUCCAGCUGUUGGUAUCAUUGCUUUCACUAUAUGGGGACUUGGGCCACUCAUGUGUCAAAGCAGGAACCUGUUUCUUCAUAAGAGUGAUAGUAGUUGGAGAAAGAGUAGUACACAUUCUUUUAUGACCUCAUAUCUUCAACCUUUGCUGCUGUGGACUGGAGCCACACUCAUCUGCAGGGCAUUAGAUCCAGUAGUUCUCCCUUCAGAAGCUAGCCAGGCUGUAAAGCAACGUCUCCUGAUUUUUGUAAGGUCACUAUCAACUGUGCUGGCCUUUGCCUAUUGUUUAUCAAGCUUGAUUCAGCAAGCACAAAAGUUCUUUAUGGAGACAAAUGAAUCGAGUGACACAAGAAAUAUGGGUUUCCAAUUUGCUGGUAAAGCUGUAUACACUGCAGUAUGGGUUGCUGCUGUUUCAUUGUUCAUGGAGUUGUUAGGUUUCUCUACUCAGAAGUGGGUCACUGCUGGAGGUCUUGGAACAGUAUUGCUGACCCUUGCUGGUCGUGAGAUAUUCACGAACUUUCUCUCAAGCGUGAUGAUCCAUGCAACACAGCCAUUUGUUGUGAACGAAUGGAUCCAAACAAAGAUUGAAGGCUAUGAAGUUUCUGGUACUGUUGAGCAUGUGGGCUGGUGGUCGCCAACAAUUAUAAGAGGUGAAGACCGUGAAGCAGUUCACAUUCCAAACCACAAGUUCACGGUGAAUGUUGUGAGGAAUCUCACCCAGAAAACUCAUUGGCGUAUCAAAACACACCUUGCCAUCAGUCACUUGGAUGUUAAUAAGAUUAAUAAUAUUGUAGCAGACAUGCGCAAAGUCCUGGCAAAAAAUCCUCAAGUGGAGCAGCAGAGGUUGCAUAGAAGGGUGUUUCUAGAAAAUAUUAAUCCAGAAAAUCAGGCUCUUUUGAUUCUCAUCUCCUGCUUUGUGAAGACUUCACAUUUUGAAGAGUACCUCUGUGUCAAGGAAGCUAUUUUGUUGGAUCUCCUCAGAGUCAUUAGCCAUCACCGUGCUCGGCUUGCCACUCCCAUCCGUACAGUUCAGAAAAUAUACAGUGAUGCUGACAUGGAAAGCAUGCCAUUUGGGGAUGCAAUAUUCUCUCGUCCUGGACCAGCUACUAACCGUCCACUCCUAGUGAUAGAGCCCCCAUAUAGAAUUAGUGGUGAUGACAAAAAAACUCGCUCAGUUCGUUCAAAUGAACAGCAGGAUGCUAAGGUUGUUACAACAUCAAUGUCCGAGUCCAAGGCUGCGGCAACAUCUGACAAGAAGGGAGAUACGAAAGUUGGGGCAAUAUCUGACAACAAAGGAGAUGCUAAAGUUGGGGCGACAUCUGACAACAAAGGAGAUGCUAAAGUUGGAGUAACAUCCAAUUCCAAGACAGAUACUAAGGUUGGGGCAACAUCAACUGACUCCAAGGCAGAAUCCAAGGUUGCAGCGUCAUCUUCUUUUGAUACCAAGACAGACGGUAAGAUUUCACCAAUGCCAAUUUCCAAGGAAGAACCUAAGAGUGCAUCAAUGUCAAAAACCGGCUCAAAGUCAUCGACUUCAGUCUUAGAAAGUUCAAUCCGAACCAAUUCAGACAAGCAGCUAUCUAAGAAGGCAGCAGGUUCAGGGGUUUCUGCAGCCUCCUCACUGACAAAGCAAGAAAGUGAAAGGUCAUCAGUUGCACCCCCUCCAAUAUCCAGGCCGUCCUUGGAAGAAAAUAUUGUUCUUGGUGUUGCAUUAGAGGGUUCAAAGCGAACCCUCCCAAUUGAGGAAGAUCUGGGUCCAUCUCCCUCUGCGGCAGGAGAGGCAAAGGAAUUGGCAGCCUGCCGGAAUGGAAAUGGAUCUCCUGGUGGGAAAGAUAAGAGGGAGAGUCAGAUAUCUGCAGUUCCGGGCAUGGGAGCUGGUGAUCAGCGAGAUCAGGAAAGGUGACCAGUG